AUGGCGCGGGAAAAUCGCCGUGCCCCGAACAGUCUUUCUCAGGAAAGUCCUGUCCGCACCACAAAAACGGCCUUUUCAACUGCUCGACGUUCACAAACCGUAUCAUCGCGGGAGGCCGAACACGACGAAUCCCACACAUACAUCCCCCUCGUCCCGAUUUUGACGCCGGAAUACUCUGCAGAGCUCCAGCCUUCGUUUCCAGCGCGCCCAGAGCCGUUGUACAGUCGACAACCUUCGCCUUCUCUCUCUCAGGGCCGCAUCCAUUGCAUUCGCCAGCAAUCACGCGAACAGCCGCCUCCUUUACUCCCUAUAUUCAGAUACUCUCGAAACCCGCCUUCUUCGAGUCUCUGGAACCCUGUUAAUUACAUUCCACGUCCCGCUGCCCGCUCGUCCCAGCAGCAGCGCACAGCUCUUACAGGCGAUUCUCGACCAAAAAGGGACGCCGAUCCGCUACUUACCCUCCCCGAGCGUCGGAGAAUUCGCUCCCAGCAAUCCAGCGUAGCAGGUGUACCUUUCAAGAGGGGCGUAGACGAACCUGAAACCGUCGGUCGUACCAGCGUCGGACUCCCUCGCGGACAUAAACGUGGAGAUACCUGGGGAGACAUUGAAAUGGUGAACUAUCCCGGAUCUCCUGCAGGACAGAGGAAUGACCUAAGACCGCCAGAACGCCCAUAUGCAGUCAGAAAUGGCAACCUUUUCUCGAUGAAUGGCAGUCCCGCUGCACAACAGCAUCCGGAUGACCCUCCAGAAACCCCUCGACAUGUUAACUCUCAUCAGUCUGCUAGACCGCAGACAUUCAUUGCUGUGCCUCCGGUGAAUGCUAAUAAUGCCUCAAUAAAUCCUCAGUCACCUAGUGGGCCGCCCAAUGGUGACGCCACAGAGGAACUGAGCUGGGGACCAGCACAUCCAUGCUUUCCACACAUGAACACCCAUGUAUCCCUAAAUUCGGAGGAUUACGUUCACACUCGAGUAAUCCGGAUACGGCGGGACUGGAUGGUCAAAGGAGACCUUGCACCUACCUUCUCCAACUUAUACCCAGAGAUUCUUGAUCCCCUCUUGGGCGAACAAGAGUUCCGAAGCAUCAUCACCAAGAUAAACGAGGAGCUUAUCAUCGCGUUUGAUCCAUAUGGUGCGCGCAACUGGUUUGAUGGGAUAAUGGGGUUUUUGACUGGCUGGAUAUGGGACGAUCUAGGAGCCAGCCGCAUCAAAUCUCGAAUCAAGGGGCUCGAAGCAUGGAUAGAUAAGUGGAAUCGCGAAGUCGGCGCUCCAGAAGGUGUCAAGAUAUGGGGGCCUCGACGGACUGGCUUCCUCUCCCUGGAUAUACAGAUCCCAGAUCCCAAGAUUGGCAUCGUGGAAAGCGACGGCGGCUCCGAUGUAGGGACAAGAACCAGACCCAGCACUGCGAACACACGGUUACAUGAACGACCACAGCAUGUGUGA